GCCUUCCAACCUCACUUCUGGAACUCCAGGGGUCUCUGCCCCUUCCAUGAUACCUUAAAGGGACCCGAUGACCUUCUGGCUGCCUAAGAAGAGUAGAUGUUCCAAUAUCAUCUGUCAUCCUCCUUGGCUUAGUCCACCUACAGGGAGGUUCCUCACACUGACCCUUUACCCCACCCUUCACCCCUCACCCCUCAAGGUAUUCUAGCUGCCCAUACUAUAGCUUCCCUGCAGCCAGAGCUUUCUGGAACCUGUCUUGCAAGAUGGUGAGUUGUUUCAACAUAAGGGGAGGACGAGCUAAAUGGUUAGGAUGAUGCUGUUUAAGAAAGGGAAACUGCUGAUGUUCCUGGGUUCCCAGGUGAUAGUCAUAGCUCUCUUCAUCCAUAUGUCUGGCCAUAGACACUUGUUCCAGAGGGAGGAGGAGUUCAGGAGGCCUGUGCAUGUGCUGGUCCUGUCUUCCUGGCGGUCCGGAUCCUCUUUUGUGGGACAGCUUUUUGGACAGCACCCGGAUGUGUUCUACCUGAUGGAGCCUGCCUGGCACGUGUGGAUGACUUUCACCAGCAGCACGGCCUGGAAGUUGCACAUGGCCGUGCGGGAUCUUCUGCGUUCCGUCUUCCUGUGUGACAUGAGCGUCUUUGAUGCCUACAUGAACCCAGGCCCCCGGAAACAAUCCAGCCUCUUCCAGUGGGAGCAAAGCCGGGCCCUGUGCUCAGCGCCUGUGUGUCACUUCUUUCCAGCGGACCAGAUCAGCUCGCCCAAGCAUUGCAAGGUGCUCUGUAGUCAGCAGCCCUUUGAUAUGGUGGAGAAGGCCUGCCGCUCUCACAGCUUCGUGGUACUCAAGGAGGUGCGUUUCCUCAGCCUGCAGGCCCUCUACCCAUUGCUCACAGACCCUUCCCUCAACCUGCACGUCGUGCACCUGGUCCGAGACCCCCGGGCUGUGUUCCGAUCCCGGGAACAUACCACCACAGAACUCAUGAUUGACAGUAAUAUUAUGCUAGGGCAGCAUUUGAAAAUGGUGAGGCAGGAAGACCAGCCCUAUUAUGCCAUGAAGAUCAUCUGCAAAAGCCAGGUAGACAUAGUCAACACCAUCCAAACCCUACCUGAAGCCCUGCAGCAGCGCUACCUGUUCCUGAGGUAUGAGGACCUGGUUCGGGAACCCCUGGCCCAGACUUCCAGACUAUAUAAAUUUGUAGGAUUGAAUUUUUUGCCCCAUCUCCAAACCUGGGUUCUCAACGUCACCCGCGGCAAGGGCAUGGGUAAGCAUGCCUUCCAUACUAAUGCCAGGAACGCCCUCAACGUCUCUCAGGCCUGGCGUUGGUCCUUACCUUAUAAAAAGGUCUCUCAGCUUCAAGAGGUCUGUGGUGAGGCGAUGGAUUUGCUGGGAUACCUCCAGGUAAGAUCUCAACAAGAGCAAGGCAACUUGUCCCUGGAUCUUCUGUCCUCCUCCCGUAUCUUAGGGCAGGUCUUCCAAGAAGGUUAAGGAGGUCUGUCUCCACCCCUUGGUUCCAGUCUCAGUCACCAUUAAACGCACAGAAGCCUUAAGGUAUGAACAAACUGAGUGCCCAUUUCUCCUCAGCCCCAAGCAGAGGAGUCUUUGUGUCUGUACUCAGGUCUAUCCUACAGCUGAGCCUUAAAAGCCAAGAAACAACAUCUUUCUGUCUUGAAAAUAUUUAGGAACCUUAAACAGCCCCUUUGACCCAUCAAGUAAGACUACUGCCUUUCUUGUCUCUUUGGCCUUCCUACCUGUGCAUACCUCAGAGACUACAUACAGUCUAGAGGCCUAUUGGACACAGCAAGCAGCAUCAGUGGAGUGAGUCCAUAAAUCUCCCUGUCCACAUCUUCCUGACAAGAAAGGGGAGAAUAAAAAGCAGGGAAACGGGGCUCGCACUGAAGAGUUCUCAGCAGCUUCCACAAAGACAUGGACCCUCAAAGUUUCCAGAGGAUUUGAGGAAGCAAGAACAGGGGGUGCUUACCUGUGAGUCUGCUCACUGCACUAUCAGUAAUCAGAAACAGGAAACAAAGUCCCUGCACAACAGGGCCAGAGCUCAAGUUCAAGGUGUGUCUGGUGUGGACGGCAUCUCUCCUCAGUGUUUUCCUGGCAUACGGGACUUUGACCUGUGGAACUGCCCACCAGCAGUAUGAAAAUUAUACCCUCAGCUUCUGUUCUGACUUCCCCAUGUAUGUUGUCUAACUACUCAUCACCAAUGCUCAUUCUCACAGGGUUCUAACAACGGACAUAUUCAUCUUUGCAGAGCUUAUUAUUGUCUUUUACUAUUAUCUAACACAUAAAUAAAUACUACGACCCCUUUUGGAGUCAGAUGAUAA